UCACCUGAGCAGCAUUCUGUGCGACACCCACAGACACCCGUUACUGUAUAAUGGGGACCUCCUGCCAGGGUGUGACUAACGCUGCAGGGAGCCGUUCCGGUAAUUACCCAAUACAGUAGCCAAGACCCGUCACACGGGAGAGGUGUCUCAGUACAGAUAGAAGGCGAGCGCAGAGCAGCUGGUGAUUCCCUGAGGUGCUGGGAGAUCGGAACUUAUCAUUAUAAGCAAGUGACUGACUGCCACCUGCACGACCAUACCCCGCCUGUGGGCGGCAGCAGCCCCGGGGGACGUGGUGGUACCGCGCCACUUUAGAACGAGCGGGAAGGAGUCGCGGACGGUACUGGGGCAGCAGAGGAGGAAACAUGGAGAUGCGGCGGGUCCCAGCAGCAGCAUCAUCGGAUUCUGCAGCAGACGGCACAAGAGAGACCGGUACAGAGAAAAACAAUAAGAACAUGGAAGGAAGUGGACAGAACAAGCAAACAACCAAAGAUGAAGCAAAGCCUUUAGAUGGCAGCAGUUAUGCAUCAUCGGAUUCUGCAGCAGACGGCACAAGAGAGACCGGUAACCUGUCAGAGAAAAACAAUAAGAACAUGGAAGGAAGUGGACAGAACAAGCAAACAACCAAAGAUGAAGCAAAGCCUUUAGAUGGCAGCAGUUACGACUAUCGCCUUUAUAAGUAUCUAGUGCUUCUAUCUAUUUUCUUAUUUGGACUGAUCUCUGCAAUUAUUUAUUGUUUCUGCAGGACAGGAUGUCCGGACAGAAUUCCAAAUUGCAAUGUAUAUGAAACACAGGGAAACUCCUUUCUGAAGUCUGUGCCGUGUGAAGAUGAUUGGAUCUUGUACAGGGACAAAUGUUACCAUUUCUCUGAGGAACGUUAUACAUGGAACAACGGCCAGAGCUUCUGUCUCUCACAUAAUGCAUCUCUGGCACUUAUUGAUGACCAGAAAGAACUGAAAUUCCUGAACAGACAUAAAUGCCUCGACCAUCACUGGAUUGGACUAUAUUGGAAUAAUACGAAUACUGGCUGGACAUGGACUAAUGGAACAUUGUACACUCAGCAGUUAUUUGCAAUCAAGAACGUGUCAGGAAAUUCAGAUCAAUCCGAAUAUGCUUUCCUGGAUGAUGAGGGUGUUGCAAGUGAGGAUGGAAACCAUGAGAAAAAAUUGAUCUGUACAAAAGUAUCUGACUUAUGGAGAGAUGAGGAAGCAUUGCUCAUGUUCUCCACUUGACUCAACAUUCAAUGAGCUUCAUGAGAGAACCUCUCUCCCCUUGUGAAGAAACGAGUUGCUACAAAUCUGUCCUAAGUAAUCCUGUGUCACCUUGAGGCAUGUAUAACGUGCAGAUGUAUACGCUACGAUACAAUACGGUCCAUGCCAUACAAUUUUCAGCUUACCUGCUAGGUUGCCAUUACUCUGUGAAUUAAUAUUACAGUACUGUAUACAGGGCUGCCAUCAGAAAUUGUGGGGCAUGAGACUGACAAAAUAGGCACGGUCCCUUUGGGGGUGGAGCUGUGAAUAAUGUGGGUGAAGCUACAGUGUGGGUGGGGCAUGAAUUGGUGCUUAAACCAGUUUUCUCAUAUGUCCUAGAGGAUGCGGGGGUCCACUUCAGUACCAUGGGGUAUAGACUGUUCCGCAGGAGCCACGGGCACUUUAAGACUUUUCAAGGGUGUGAACUGGCUUCUCCCUCUAUGCUCCUCCUCCAGACCUCAGUUUUAGAAAUGUGCCCAGGCAGACUGGAUGCACUCUGAGGAGCUCUACUGAGUUUCUCUGAAAAGACUUAUGUUAGGUUUUUUAUUUUCAGGGAGAACUGCUGGCAACAGUUUUCCUGCUUCGUGGGACUGAGGGGGCAGAAGUAGGAACCAACUUCCUAAAGAGUUUCAUGGCUCUGCUUCUGGCUGAAAGGACAUCAUUAGCUCCUGAAGGGAACUGAACGCUAGCCGUGCCUAGAUGCUCACUCCCACAGCACGCCGUCACCCCCCCUCACAGAGCCAGAAGUCAGAAGACAGGUGAGUGUAUGAAGACAGAUCUUCAAUCAAGAAAGUGACGGCUAAAGGUACUGCGCAGCUGGUGGGAGCGCAGCGCGCCAUGUUGCCCACACAUACACAGGCACUAUGGAAACUGGCAUAAAUAAGGGGCAUAAGUUGCUGAGGCACAGUCCUACCCCCGCCAGUAUAAAAAAUUACCCCAUAAAAGCUGAGGAGAAACACACCAUUAAAGAGUGGAGCUUCCUCCCCAGUCAGCCAGCACACUGCUGAGCGCCAUUUCUCUCUCUCCUCAGGCUGCAGAGACAACGCUGGUCCUCCUCCACUACUGAACAAGUAUCAGGGUGCAAAACAGGGGGGGCCCACAGUGAAUUUGGUGCUAUAUAAUUGUGUGAUUAGUAUUAUAAAAGCGCUGCAUGUCAGUGGGCAUUUUGUGUUCACAGACAUUGUGUUACUGGCGCUGGGAAGUCCCGGAGUGUCUGUGGUGUGGUUGUGCAUGUGUGUGACAUGUCUGUGGCAGGGAAUUCUCCUCUGUGGGAGACAUGUUAGAGACACAGAGGUGUAAAAUGACACCAAGAGCCUGACUGGGUGAAAGGUUACAUGAUAGUGUGAAUCAUAUCAGUAAGAGGUUGGACUGAAUCUCGUACAGAAAACUGAAUAUAAUCUGUUGAAGAUGUGAUUUUUAAUAGUUCUGCCUUUCAUCCACAGGGACCCCUCUGGGUCACAUACAAACAAGUAGUACAAACUGAUACAGACACGGACUCUGAUUCCUGUGUCAACACUAGUGAUUCCAGGGGAAUAGGUCCUAAGUUAGCAAAAAGCAUUCAAAACAUGUUUUAGCUAUAAAGGAGGUGUUAGAAGUUACGAAGCCCCUUCUUUUACCACAAGGAGAGGGUUUACUUUAGUAAAGAAGUAAUGUCAUUUUCCCUCCACCUCAGGAGUUGAACAGUCUCUUGGAGGGAGUCUGAUUUAACCUGAAAAGAAAGUUCAGAUUCCCAAAAGGAAUUCAGGCAGCUUACCUUUUUCCAAAAGGUGGGAGUCACCCCGCAUUUUAGACAGGGCCCUGUCAUAAAAGAGAAAAGGUGUUUCUCCCUGCGGCUGGAAUGGCUUCACUUAAGGAGCCGACAGACCGCAAGUGAGUGAGGUGAUCUAUUGAUGUGGCCAGUGGGACACUACUCAGGCCUACCAUUGUCUGUGAGUGGGUGAGCAGUGCUAUUGAAAAGUGGUCAGAAAACUUGUCAUUAGACAUUGACACAAUAGAUAUACGUACGUACUAGAAACCAUGAAAUAUAUUGGUUUCUUGGGAUCAUAAACCGCUACCAUGGCAGUAUCAGCUCGGAGGGCAUUGUUUAUUCGCCAAUGUAAUGCUGAUGCAGAUUACAAAAGAAAUAUGAAGGCUCUCCCGUAUAAAGGUGAGGCCUUAUUUGGUGAUGGGCUGGAUGCGUUAGUCUCGGCGGCUACCGCAGGUAAGUCGACAUUCUUGCCUUAUGCUCCUACAUCGGCGAAAAAGACACAUCACUCUCACAUACAGUCCUUUCGGUCCAAGAAAUACAAAAAAGCCAAAGGUUCCCCCUUUUUUGCAGGUAGGGGAAGGGGAAAAGGAAAGAAAUCUGCAGCGUCUCUGAAGGGUUAAAUCUCCUCUGUCAUUGUGCAUUGUGUAAAUAUUGUUUCUUUUUCUUUUGCCUUGGAUUUAGCUUGCAUUGCAUAAAAUGAAUAUAGCUCCACCCAUAGUUUGUUGGGAACUGUGUGAAAUCACCACCCCUAGAUGAAGUACUAGGCUGUAUCCUACAUCCCCCCAUGUAGCCUGUUUUAUCCCUCCUAUGCAGUAAAGUUAAACCAAUAAAGUAUUUACUUUUGCCUACCCCUCCCUGGACAUUCCAAUCCCUCCCUAGACAAUGAUGCCUUAUAUACCAUUGUUAUGAACAAUAAACGCAGAGUGAUUCUUAA